AUGGCGCAGAAAGGCACAUACAGUGAAGAGCUGGAAAAUGAGUUCAAACACACUGAUCCAAACGCGCAUGCAAGUGGAGAUGACAAGAAAGACCGCCCACCAGUUUCCAUGUAUGACAUUUACCAUGAUCGACCCCAGAAAUUGCCUGUAAAAAUCAAAACAUAUUCCUUACAAUAUCCUAGAUAUAAUUUCGUUGGCGAAUUGCUUGGACCAAAAGGACAGACUCUCAGAGCACUUCAAAAUCAAACUGGCUGUAAAAUGGCCAUCAUGGGCAGAGGAUCAAUGAGAGAUAAAGAGAAGGAGGAAGAACUGAGGAAAGAAGGAGGCAAAUACGCACAUCUCAGCGAGGAGCUCCAUGUGUUGGUAGAGUGCUAUACAGAACUGACGGAUGGUUAUUACAGACUUGCAGCAGCCUUGACCGAACUCAAGAAAUUUGUCAUCCCUGAAUUGACGGAAGACGCAUAUGGCGGUCCUGGUGGCGCAGAAAUGGGAAUGGAUGGUCCUCCGGUUAGAGGAAGAGGCGGUUACAGAGGUGGACCUCCAGACAGAGGUGGUCGCGGUGGCUUCAGAGGACACGGAAAUGGACCUGUACCUGCACCUCCUCCUGGAGGUCCUGCUGGACGUGGCACACCCUCAGCUCGAGGAGCUAGGGCCGCUCCUCCACCAGCUUCAUAUGAAGGCUACAGUUCUCAGGGCUACGGAUCUGAUUAUGAAUCAUCAUAUGAUGAAGGCUAUGGACAAGAAGCAUAUUAUGACUAUGGUGCUCCUAACUCAGGCUCUGCUGCAGGCUAUGAAUCGUAUUCAGGUUAUGACUAUGGUGAUGGCUGGUCAAGUGGUGAGAAAACAUCUGCUGCCCCAUCGAGGGGUUCCUCCAGAGGUCAGGCUAGAUCGCACCCUUACUCACGUACAGCAUCGGGCAACUACUGA